AUGGCCUUCUACAGGGAAGGUCAAACUUCGCAUGUGAAAGCCAGUCCACUCCACGGGCUGUCCUUGAGCUUUCUCUGCUCUGUUUCUUCUUCGCCCGCUAGACCCUGGCCUCAACCACCGCACCGCAAUGACCUUCCUUCGCAGAAUCGCGCGAAAUCCCCGGUCCGCCGCCGCCGCCGCCGCCGCUCGCCCACGCGCCCCUCGAACCCCAACCCCACGCCCACCGCCAUCCGCGACGCGCCCACCAGCGCUUACUACGACGACCUCAUCAACGCCGCCGGCCGCCGCGGCGACUUCGCGGCGGUCCGCCACCUCCUCGGCAAGCGCGUCCGCGACGGCUGCUUCAACACCGGCGACACCUUCAGGUUCCUCACCCAGACCGAGACCUCCCUCUCCGCCCUCGACGACCUCCUCCGCGCCCUCUCCCGCGUCGACCGCGGCUUCCCCCGCAAGAGCGCCUUCGACGCGCUCAUCGCCCGCCUCUGCCGCCUCGGCCGCCCGGCGGACGCCCUGCGCGCCGUCGAGGCGAUGGCGAGCGACGGCGGCGGCGUCCGCCUCAACGCCGUCACCUUCCACCCGAUCCUCAACCUCCUGACGCGGCGGGGCGACUUCGAGGCGGCGGCGCGGGUGGCGGGCGCGAUGCGGGACCGCGGGGUGCCGCUGGACCUGACGGCGCACAACUACUUCCUGACGGCGCACUGCUACCGGGGCGACGUGGGGGAGGCGGCGCGGGCGAUGGAGGAGAUCGAGCGGGAGGGGCUGGGGGCGGACACGCGGACGUACGACGCGCUGUUGCUGGGGGCGUGCAGGGCCGGGAAGGUCGGGGCGGCGGUGGGGCUGCUGCGGCGGAUGGCGGAGGAGGGGGUGCCGCCGCUGUACAGCACGCACGUGCACGCGGUGAAGGCGAUGGUGAGGAGGGGGUGGAGCGCGCAGGCGGCGGAGCUGGUGAGGGCGUACGGCGGGAGGGACAGGGCGCUGGACAGGGAGAACUACGGGGUGCUGGCCAGCGAGCUGGUGAGGAUGGGGAAGGCGGAGGAGGCGAGGACGGUGGUGCAGGAGAUGGCCGAGAAGGGGCUCAUCAUGGGGGAGAAGCUCAGGGAGUUUUACAGGUCGAGUUCGAGUUCGAGUUCGAGUUCGAACGAUGUUGGCAUUUGACACGCGAUCGCUUCGUCAGAGUCAGAACUUGGGAAUUCCUUUUGAUCCGAUGAGGAGCAAUUCGGUUGUCGGGAGCCAAUCAAUCCUUGGUGUAUAGAUUUGCCUCUUUGUAUGAGAUCAUGUUGGAAGCCACUUUUCGGUAGCGAUUGUUAUAGUUGUAUGGCUAUUAUCGUUUUGUGCUUUCAGCAAAUGGAAGGAUAUCCAAAAUGGAAUGGAACGAAAUGGAACUUGGAAUGAAAUGGAUAGAAUGUGAACGAAAA